GCGUAAGCAGUGAGUGUACAGCAUGCGGUUUAUGCACUUCAUUUGUGCGUCAACAGGGUCAAGCCGAGCCAAGGUUGCACUUGAGAGAGGUAUUUCGCACUUUUUUAUUAUUAUCUCACUACUUACUUCUGGACGUCAUCUGUUAACGGGUUGAUUUUGAUUCCUACUGGAAGAGAUCACAUAAAGCAAGCACCGUCAUGGAUCGCUGUUGGGGUCUGCUGAUUGUACUGAUUUACGUGACAAGAGCCUUAGCAUAUGUGGAGCAAAUAUGGGACACCAAUGAAAAUAUGGAUGAGUGGCAGGUUUUACAAGUCGAUUCUGACUCAGAUGAAUCCAAACAGUGGCAAAAGGUACAAGUCCUGAGUGUCUUCCAAACGUGCACUCUAGAGUCUGGGCAGGAAAACUGGCUUGUGUCGCCCCCUAUCCCCCUGCCGCCAGAACUUCCUUUGGGUGCAUUAUUACCAUUGCGCAUCCGUGUAUCUUUCCUUAUGCACGCCUGCAACUAUACACGAUACAGCUUGGAUGAAUGCAAGAAUUACAUUCAGUUGUAUGCAGGGUAUUUCCCGCCAGGGACAAAUUCUACCAACGCAUCCAGUCUAGACGCAGUCAACUUUAUUCAAGAUAUCCAGCUCCGUUCUCCGGGCGCCCCUGACAGCGUCGACGUCGUGUACAACGUCACCGCCGCUCGUGCACAAGGUUCCGUGACAGACCAAAUACGGAUUGCUCUUCGUGACCCGGGAAGUUGUACUCAAGGCCUGUUCGUAUCCGUUGCAUAUUUCAUUUGCAUGCCUAUACAAGGAGUGCUUGUAUCAUUCCCCAAAUCAUUCCCAUCUUCUUCGCCAGUGCAAGGGUCCUGUAUAAGUGGUUCGCAUCCUUCCAACCCGCCUUUGCAGCGAGUUUGCUCUUUUGACGGAUCUUGGUCACCUCAAAAUGGAAGAUGCGUUUGCAAACCUGGGUACAAAAGGACUGCUACAGGCUGCGUCGAGACCAGUCCUUGCGAGUCGUACCCUUGCUUCAACGGCGGCACGUGCCUUGAAGAAAAUGGCGGCUUCCGGUGCGAGUGUUCAGUUGGAUUUGUCGGACAGACUUGUGAAAAUGCAAAUGGGCCCUGCUUUCGCAACCCGUGUUUGUAUGGGCAGUGUUCACAGUCUGGGAUGGACGGGUAUAGCUGUUACUGCCAGGAUGGUUGGAUGGGAACCAACUGUGACCAGGAGGACCACUGCUUCGGACAAGAAUGUAGUGGGAAUGGUUACUGCUUGAACAAGCAAAAUACAUAUUCUUGUCAAUGCCAGUUAGGUUUUAUUGGGAGAAAUUGUCAAGACCGAGUGUGUGACUUGGCUACCUGUUACAAUGGCGGAUCAUGCAUACCGGAUUCCGACGCACCGGAUGGAUACAAAUGCCAAUGUACGGAGGAUUUCGAAGGAUUGCAAUGCCUGGACCGGAUCCAGAGGUGCACUUACACUGUCAGUGUUAAAACCUCUAGGGCGGUUGGAGCAGGAACAGAUGAGCGCGUGGAUGUUACUCUUGGGGUUCAAAAAUUUGGGAAGUUGAAGAGGGCACAAUUCGAGGUGCAGGGAAAUUUUGAAAGUGGAAAUUUGGAUACGGUCACAAAGACGCUCCCCCUCUGUGGUUCACUGAGACAGAUUGAGAUUCACUUGAGACAAGAGAAAAUAAACUAUGUUAAUAAUUGGAAACUCCGCCAGGUGACAGUGACCGUAGAUGACAACAUCAUACGCAAGAUAUACGUCUGUUAUUUUAACACUUGGUUUAGACCCGGAGAUUACAAAAACAGAGCUUGUUCAUUGCUUUGAUCUACUGGACACAUAUGUCACUUUCUGAGCUUUGUAUACUACGGCAAUAAGAGAUAUGCUAAGUCGUUGCUUCGCAGCAUAUUAUUUUUUCUGUGCGCCGUUUGAUUAAGGUAUCAGGCAUGGAUAGAAAAAAAUUUUGAAGAGUACUGAUUUUAAGUGCCUUUGUUUCAAGACAGGGUGAAUAUUUAGUGCUCAUUGGCUCAAUUUCUUUUUUAGUAUUUGCACAUCAUUUUACCAAUAGCACCAUAAUUUUGUUGUUGAGGGUUUAUCAAAUGUCUCCUUUAACUUUGCACAUGCGACCACCGUUUUAACAUUAAUUAUAAUGACACCGUCGAGUGCCACAGGUCCAUAUUUGCGAAAAUUCUUGGGAAGCUUGCUUUUGAUUUUAUAGUAACUAUGCAAUACAAUGAGGAGCUCAGAAGAGCUUUACGCGAAAGAGAAGAUUAAUUGUCUUAAUACGAAGUCGUUUGGUACACGCCACCAGCACGUUAAGAUGUAUACUAGGUCACUGGAAUAAAGAUUGUAAGAUAUGCCUAUAAAUGUUAUGUUAUUUGGUUUAUUUUGCCGAACCAUAAUGUGCCGUGAGUGAAGCACUAGUAUAAAUGUAUCUAGCGCUAUUGUUCACUUACAUACUGUCACUAUGUAAUUAAUUUAACGUAAUAUAUUACUUAGUUAAAUGCAUGAAGGGGUAACAGCAAGAAAAUUUGCCAGGCGAAUAUUAAAUGAUGGUACCUGAACUGUAGCAUGUUAAAAAAAUGAAAACGGUGAUCCGUAUUCAUUUGUUUCAAUAAAUUCUAUCUCCACAGUCA